AUGUCGUUUAGCGAAAGUUCCCUCGCAAACGCCAGUGCCGCCGGCGAUCUAGAGGAAAUGCAAUCGCUUCUUAGUAACGCACAUAACCUAUCCGACCGAGACAAACAUGAGGCUCUACGAAUUGCGGUUGAGAACGACGAUUUGACUGUUGUGGCUUGUCUGCUGGCCAACAACAUCAAACCAACUACUUUCGACUUCGCCAGGGCCGUCGAACAGUGUUCAUACCCCAUCCUUGAGCUUCUACUGUCAAGUGGCUUCGACAUAAAUACACCUCUCCGAGAAGAUUAUCCUCCUCCUUCGGCCCUUGCCUUGUUUGAUCCGGAGCUGGUGCAAUGGCUCGUUGCUCACGGUGCGAAUCCUAAUGCUCGCUACAAAUUCGACAUUACACCUCUAUCUAUGGCAGGCAAAUCUGCUUCGAAAGAGGUAAUCGAACUGCUAUUCAAGCUUGGUGCUUCCACAGAAUACGGACAGCCUCUUCAUUGUGCUGUAGAGAAAGAUCGUCCGGACGAGAUCAUCAUGCUACUCCUCAAAAAAGGCGCUCCAAUCAACGGAAUCAUGUACGAAGAACACGAAUUCUCCUACCACCAUUGGAAGGACUUUGGACUGGGAACACCAUUGCACGAAGCAGCCAGGGUUGGAAACGAGAGACUAGUGCGAUUGCUGCAGAAGUACGGCGCGAAUCCCGGCAUCAGAGAUACGCUGGGCGAGUUACCGCAACUCAAGAACACAACAAGGUAGGGGGCGAGUAAACCGGAAACCGUGAUCUAUCCUUCAACAGCUUCGUGACAGACCAGAGGGUCGGCAAUUUCAACAGCAUGGACGAGUACAUGAAGCGCCAGCUGAGGGUGCACCAACCUCAAGCUCCUGCCCGUUGGAGCGCAGGCCGCUCGUUCGCGAAAGUCUUCUCCCGCUGCUGGCUGUAGGAGGAAGAACAAAGAGCCUGAGCUGGUUGGGUGGAGUAUGGAGACGCCUGCGACUCCCACCGAGCCUUUCAAC